CCGCCCAGGUCCACCCGGGGCCCCCUCCCCCGGGCCGCCCCCGAGCACGAAGUUGGCGGGAUCCUAUAAAAGCCCGAGACGGCGCGACCCGCGGGCAGCACGGUGCAGGCAUCCGAGCAGCUGCCGCGAUCCCAGCGCCGACUCCUGCUCUGCCCCCGCCGCCGGCGCGACCAUGUCCCAUCACUGGGGAUACGGCAAGGACAACGGCCCUGAACACUGGCAUAAGACCUUCCCCAUUGCCAAGGGAGAGCGCCAGUCCCCUAUCAACAUUGAUACCAAAGCAGCCAAGCACGACCCUGCCCUGCAGCCUCUGAGCAUUUCCUAUGAGCAAGCGACCUCUCGCAGGAUCCUCAACAAUGGUCACUGUUUCAACGUGGAGUUUGAUGACUCCCAGGACAAAGCAGUGCUGAAAGGAGGCCCCCUCACUGGCACUUACAGAUUGAUUCAGUUUCAUUUUCACUGGGGUUCAUCUGAUGACCAUGGUUCUGAGCACUCUGUGGAUCAAAAGAAAUAUGCUGCAGAGCUUCAUUUGGUUCAUUGGAACACCAAAUACGGGGAUUUUGAGAAAGCUGCGAAACAACCUGAUGGACUGGCUGUUUUGGGUGUUUUUUUGAAGGUUGGCAGUGCUAAACAAGGCCUUCAGAAAGUCGUUGAUGUGCUGGAUUCCAUUAAAACAAAGGGUAAGAGCAUCGAAUUCACUAACUUUGAUCCUCGUGAACUCCUUCCCGAGAGCUUAGACUACUGGACCUACCCAGGUUCCCUGACCAUCCCUCCUCUUCUGGAAAGUGUGACCUGGAUUCUCCUAAGAGAACCCAUCAGCGUGAGCAGCGAGCAGAUGCUGAAAUUUCGCCAACUUAGGUUCAAUGUGGAGGGUGAACCUGAAGCAGCAAUGGUGGACAACUGGCGCCCAGCUCAGCCUCUGAAGAACAGGCAAAUCAGAGCUUCCUUCAAAUAAGAGGUUCCCAGAGCAGGUGUUCAAAAUAGUGAAUCUUUGGGUAUUUCCUUUUACUUAAGUAGGUCCUGGGGCCAGUGUCCAAAUAAUGACUCUUCGGGUGUUCCCUUUAGUAGCUAAGCACAGAUCCACCUGGUAAUUGGGACCCUGGCUGCUUUGUGUCUGGUUUUUUAGAUAUUCUCCUCUCACCUGACAUGGGUACUAAUAAUUGUGAAGCCCUAGACUAAUUGUGAUGCUUGCAGAAUGGCCAUUGCUGGUACUUUGCUUACAGUAGUAACUUUUCUAUAACAGAGAAUAUGCUAGAAGGAAUAGGAAUAAAGUACGUUGACUGUUCACAGCAUGUAGGGUGAUGAUUACUCCCAACUCUUCACUGAAACGCUAUUUUUUAAACAAAGGAAAGCAGACAGGUUGAGAGCAAAAUCCAUAUGCUGAAGUAAAUUGAGCUAUGUAAGGUAAAUCAGGUAAAAUCUUCAUGAUUCUGUGUAAUGUAAAUCAGAUAGCAUAAAUGUUCAUAAUUCCAAGAUAUUAUAUUAAAAGGAGACUUUUAAAAUUGUUAUACAUUUGUAGCAAUGUGAUCUUAAAUAUGAAUUAUGUUGUAAUUUUAGUGACUUUUGCAUUACAGAACUGUAAAUGAAGGAUUAUCUGUAAAAAUUGUUAUAAUUAUAGUUGUGAUACAGAGUAUAUUUCCAUUCAAAUAAUAUAUCAUAACUUAAUAAAUAUUGUAUUUUAGAUAUAUUCUCUAAUAAAACUCAGAAUUCUA